AGCACGCCGAUGCCGCACGCCGAAAGAAGGAAAUGCUUAGGGCGUCCUUUUGCGCAUCUCGGCGUUCUCCCGCCGGAAGUCUCCGGUUGGAAAAGAUAGUGGCUGUAGACAAAUAGACCGGGGGUAAUUUAGUUCCGGGACAGAUGGCGAGUCGGUAGGGACUCCGCGGUUCGGAGAAGGGUUGGGGGCCGGAGGGAAGGUUCGGCCUUCCUUCCCGGCUGCCGCUGCCAUGAUCCCGAUUCCGCUAGUGGUGCUGGUGAUGGGGGGUUGGUGCGCUGUUUACCUGGCCGACACCUUGCUGAAGGCAUCAGAUUCUUUGAAGACUUCUUAUGAAGAGUGGUUGACAUCUUACGGAUUGAGCAUCUCCCCUUUUCACAUACGAUGGCAAACCUCUGUCUUCAAUCGUCUCUUUUAUGAUUGGGGACGUUGGAAACCCAGGCUGCUUUACCAGUGGUUCAAUUUAGGAAUGGUCUUUGGAAUAAUUGCCAUGUUCAGUUCUAUUCUCCUCCUUGGGAAAACCCUGAUACAGACUUUGUCACAAAUGCUAACUGAAGCUCCUUCAGCUCAGAAUGAUCGGAUGCUACAAGUUGUGGUUCCUGGUGUAAAUUUACCUGUCAGCCAACUGACCUAUUUCUUUACUGCAAUCCUUAUUAGUGGUGUCAUACAUGAAAUUGGCCAUGGGGUGGCAGCUAUCCGAGAACAAGUUCGAUUUAAUGGAUUUGGAAUUUUUAUCUUCAUUGUUUAUCCUGGAGCAUUUGUUGAUCUAUUCACUACUCAUUUGCAACUUAUAUCUCCAGUCCAACAGUUAAGAAUAUUCUGUGCAGGUGUCUGGCACAAUUUUGUACUUGGUGUUUUAAGUCUUGUGGCUCUCUUUCUGCUACCUGUAAUUCUUUUCCCACUUUACUACACUGGAGUUGGGGCCCUUAUCCUUGAUGUCACUGAGGAUUCACCUGCUAAUGGACCCAGAGGUCUCUUUGUGGGAGACCUAGUCACCCAGCUACAGGACUGUUCAGUUCAUAAAGUGGAAGAUUGGAAUUCCUGUUUAGGGAUCAUUUCACAGGAACCACAGAUUGGUUACUGUAUAACUUCAGCAACUUUGCAACAGUUAAGCUUCCCAGCCAGAGUGUACAAAAGGCUUGAUGGGACAGUUGAAUGUUGCAGCAACAACAGCCUCACCGAUAUCUGCUUUUCCUACAGUAAUAAUGUGGAUACUCAUUUGCAUGCCUGUCUACCAGCCCGGAAAACAAUUGAAGCCAAUCAAGUUUGUCGAAGUAAUGCAGAUUGUCAAAAGGACUUUACUUCAAGUUUGUGUGUAAUACCAUCUUUGGAAAAUCAAACUCGAUUAAUAAGAGUGAAACACUCACCUCAGAUUGACAUGCUGUUUGUUGGACAUCCACUGCAUCUUCAGUAUACAGUGAGCCUCAGCAGUUUCAUCCCACGAUUCAACUUUCUAAGCAUUGAUCUACCUGUGAUAAUAGAGACAUUUUUCAAAUACCUGAUUUCACUCUCAGGGGCACUGGCUGUCAUCAAUGCUGUGCCCUGCUUUGCUUUAGAUGGACAGUGGAUGUUAAACUCUUUUCUUGAAGCCACCCUCAGUUCACUGAUCAUAGAUAAGCAAAAUAGAGAUUUGCUAGGAUUUUUGAUCUUGCUUGCUGGUAGUACACUUUUGGCUGCCAAUGUGGCCCUGGGACUCUGGAUGGUGACAGCUCGAUAAUAUAUAGGGAUAUAGAUGAUAUGUAUAGAUAUCUAUAUCUGGACUGUGUCAACAAAAUCUUUGAGUUAUAAUGUGCAAAAACAAAACCCAAACCUCAUAAAAUUUGUUGCUGAUUUAAAAGAAAAUUUUUUUUGCUUGUUUUGAAAUAUAAAAAACUUCAUUAAAUCUAUUUCAAUCAGCAACACUUAAUGAGAUGCUACUAAACCUAGAGGUUUAUGCUAGGUAUUCUCCAAAAUAUCUUGUUAUUCCAGUAACAAAAGAAAUAAGAAAGACCUGAUCUCUGACCUCAAACUAUUUCAGCCUGGUUAUGAUAACAUGUACAUUAAUUUGGACUUUAUAAGUUCAUCUAUAAAAAUUGUAGUAUAAUAUCUAAGUAGUGUGUUAUCUUGGGGUAAGGGAAUGAUUGGAGGCGAAGAGAUGAAUUUUAUCAGGUUUUGAAGGAAGCAAGAGAUAUUUUGUAAACCACAUAGGAAGGCUGAGAAUUUUCUAGGCUGGUCACAACUGAAUCAAACCAUCUUUUAUCUUCAUUGUUUUCAGUUUAGUGUUGGAUUAUGUGUCACAAGACAAAGCUUGGGUAAUAAAGACAGAUCUGGCUUCUGAAUCAAGAAGACUUGAGUGCAAAUCUUGAAUCUGCCAUAUAACUGAUUUUGCAACACUAGACAAGACAAUGUCUUAGUGCCCUAUCUAGUGUGCUAAGACUGAAAGUUGCAGAAUUGUUAUUGAUUAACAUUAGGAGAGGGAGUUUCCUCAUCCUAAGUUUUCCACACCAGUGCACCAACAGAUCCAGACCAAAAAUUUUGUUUCUUUAAAGCAGCUCUGAUUAAACAUUAUUCUCUUGAUAAAAUUUUGUUUACAUAGAUGUGGUAUUCAGAAAUUUCCCUGAAUUGUUCAGGGGUGUGUGUGUGUGUGUGUGUGUGUAAAUUGACAACAAAAAAAGAAAACAUCUAGACAUUUUUCAAGCCCUGUCUGUGACUCUAAAUAUGCUUGGAGAUUAAAAAAAAGUAGAAGCUGGGAUCCACCACAUCAUGAGGUUUGCUUUCUAGCGCUGUAACAGUAGGUAACUCUUGGAUAAGGUAUCA